CAAUUUGUAAAACAAGAGACAUGGCAGGGUCCCCCCAGGAGGAUGCUAUUUUUGCUGCUAUUACCUUGGUCAGUGCUUCUAUGUCACUCUGUGGAGGAUUUGCACUUUUGAUCACCUACAAUAAAAUGCCAAGCUUCCAAACUCCUGUGCGCAAACUUCUGGUUUUUCUGACAAUUGCGGACAUCUUCACAGCGUUUGGUUACAUUAUUGGUACUAUAAAUUUUUUUCGACUGGAAAAUCACAAGAAAAACGAGACGGAUCCGAUGUGUGAAGCACAGAGUUUUAUCACUACAUUUUCUAGCCUCUCUUCCUUUGCCUGGACAUCGGUUAUUGCUAUACAUCUAUAUUUAUUGAUCAGGACCCAAAGAGACUUCGAAAGGAAUUCUCGCCUAAAAUUUCUCUACCAUAUCAUAGGAUGGAUAUUACCGGCCAUUAUUUGCAUCCCUAUCCUAGCCACGGGUCACUUAGGUCGUGAUAACCGAAACUUUCAGACGGGAACGGGUCUGUGGUGCUGGAUCAGAAUAGAUUAUACACUGUCAGGCGACAACAAAAUCCAUUCCACCGAUAUUCUACUGAUGUUCAUGUCCGGGAAACUUUGGGAGCUUCUGACUUAUGUACUGUCCAUUUCCAUAUACAUGUUAUUGAAAAUUGAUACUUACAUCGAGAGACAGAAAAACAAAAGCUACGUAUGGAGUGAUGUAGAUGGUGUUAAUUUGCAAGACGAAGAUGAACGAUUUUGUUACACAUGGCUUAUUCUGUAUUUAUUACGACUUUGGGGGACAAUAGGAUUCUUUCUUGCAAUAUUUAAUACGGGUAAAAAUGUGGAAUCCAUCUUGAAAUACUUUCAAUGCGCUGGAGACAGUUCGCAGGCGCUAGGAAACUUUAUUUUAUUCUGUAUGUUUGAUAAAAACGUCCGAAAAAAGUAUCGUGAAAAGAUUUGUAAUUGUUGCCACAGACGGGGUGACUAUGAGUUGUUGGAUAGCUGGGGGGAUCAAACCAUAUAGAUAUGGCAAAUCCAGGCGAUUUUGCUUUCCUUCCAUAAAUCUAUCUACUUCUCCGUAGCAUGUUUUUGAAACCUUCAUUAACAUAAUCUUUCUCCUUUUUAUACGCCCGUCUUUAGACGGGAUGUAUUAUGGUACAGCAAUGUCUGUACGUCCGUCCGUCCGUUCGGAGUUUUCUCUUUAUAAUUUCAUUUCCCUUUUACAUAUAAUGCUGAACCUUCCUGUGUAGCUUCUUUGUGGAUCACUCUAGAUCAUACUGCAAUUUUGAUCCAUUUUGACCUUUUUUCCAGGAGUUUUUUCCCUUUAUUUGGAAAUAAUUAUUAUAUGGAGGGUACAUAAUUUGUCCGCCCUACUCCUCCCACAGUUUUCAAGUGAGAGCCUUCUUAUUAUGCCCCCUUCAAAGAAGAGGGGCAUAUUGGUUUGCACCUGUCGGUCGGUAGACCACAUGUUGUCCGCUCAAUAUCUUGAGAACCAUUCACUUGAUGAUAAUGAUAUUUCAUAUGUUGGUUGGUUAUGAGUAGAAGAGGACCCCUAUUGUUUUUCAGGUCAAAAGGUCAAGGGUCAAUCUACUCUGGACAUAGGAAUAUAAUGUCCGCUCAAAAUCUUGAGAAUCCUUUUUUUGAAAAACAUCAAACUUAGCACACUGGUACAUCCUAAGGAGUAGAUGACCCCUAUUGAUUUUGAGGUCAUAUGGUCAAGGGUCAACCUGGGCAUAGGAAUAUACUGACCAUUCAAUGUCUAGAGAACCCUGUGCUUGACAGACAUCAAACUUGGUACACCAGUACAUCUUCAGAAGAAGAUGACCCCUAUUGAUUUUGAGGUCAUAUGGUCAAGGGUCAAACUGACCAUAGGAAUAUACUGACCAUUCAAUGUCUAGAGAACCCUGUGCUUGACAGACAUCAAACUUGGUACACCAAUACAUCUUCAGGAGAAAAUGACCCCUAUUGAUUUUGAGGUCACAUAUUUAAAGGUCAAGGGUCAAACUGAACAUUGGAAUAUAAUGUCUGCUCAAUAUCUUGAGAACCCUUUGCUUGACAGACAUCAAACUUGGUACAUUGGUACAUCUUCUGGAGACGAUGAUCCCUAUUGAUUUUGAGGUCACAUGUUUAAAGGUCAAGGGUCCACCUGGACAUUGGAAUAUACUCUCCGCUCAAUAUCUUGAGAACCCUUUGCUUGACAGACAUCAAACUUAGUACAGUGGUGUAUAUUCAGGAGGAGAUGACUCCUAUUGAUUUUGAGGGCACAUGAUCAAAGGUCAAACUGGACAUAGUAAUAUACUGUCCACUCAAUAUCUUGUUAACCCUUUUGCUUGACAGACAUCAAUCUUAGUACACUGGUACAUGUUCAGGAGAAGAUGACCCAUAUUGAUUUUGAGGUCAAAAGUCAAUUGUUGAACUGGACAUAGUAAUAUAUUGUGUCCUAUAUUUUAAGAAUUAUUGGCUUGAUUGACACCAAAUUUGGUACACUGGUACAUCAUAAGGAGUAGAUGACCCCUAUUGAUUUUUAGGUCACAUGGUCAAUUCACUCUUGACAUAGGAAGAUAUUGUCUGCUCAAUAUUUUGAAUUGAUGAUACUACUAUCAAUUAAAUGAUGUGUGUGUAUAACCCUUUUCAAUUUUGCACCAAGGGGGCAUAUGUGUUUUACAAACAUCUAUUGUUUUGUGGAGUGUUUGUAUGGGUAUUGAAGAUGUGUAUGUGGGAUGGAUUUUGAUUUUCUACAAUUUUUGAGAAAAUUACAGGUUGUUGAACUUAGUCUAUUUGGAAAUUAAUAUUCUAUGGAGGGUACAUAAUUUGUCCGCCCAACUCCUCCCACAGUUUUCAAGUGAGGACCAUCUUAUUUUGUGGAGUGUUUGUAUGGGUAUUGAAGAUGUGCAUCUGGGGAAGGAUUUUGAUUUUCUUCCAUUUUUGAAAAAAUUACAGGUUGUUGAACUUGGUCCAUUUUGAGGAAAUCUAGAUUUUUAAGCUAAGACCUUUGUUCAUAUGAAAGUUUGUCACAGCCUCAUGAUGGCUGAUAAUACCUGAAGCAAUGUUAUGCAAAUUAUAGCACAAGAAAAACACCCUAUGUAAGCAUUUCACGGGCGUAUUAUGUACCGUUUGCGGUACUCUUGUUCUUCUUUGAGGAGAUAAAGUAAGAUAUACGGUAUGAAAUAUGGGGAUCUCAUAAUUUUGUGCUUAUUCAAUCUUCUGUUAAUUAAGACGUUAUUCAUACCAUGCACUGCUAUAGAAUAUAAUCAACAUUACGGGCGUUGCAUUCUCUGCUAUACAUCGGGCGUUGCAUUCUCUGAUAUACAUCGAGCGUUAAUUCUCUGCUAUACAUCCGGCGUUGUAUCUCUGUUAUACAGCGAGUGUUGCAUUCUCUGCUGUACAUCGGGUGUUCCAUUUUCGUUUAUACAGCGGACGUUGUAUUAAGAUAAAUUUCAAUGUAAUAAUAUUUGUAUUUCUUUCGAAUUCAUUAUUAAACACGAUUGAACAUUUAAAGUUUGGUGCGUACAUGGCUGUAAAGCUUUGAAAACUGGUUAUAUGCACAUGAGAUGUGGACAAAAUAGUAUUUCAACCAUUUGCUGUAAUGUUCUGUAUAUACGAUACUACAUUAAAAUAUAUAGCAAACUGAUUAAUCUCAUUUAUAUACCAUUUGCAGUAUUUCCCAUGAUGUCUUAAGAAGUAUCUUUUGUAUUUCCUAUCGCGUUGUAAAUUUAAAAAAAAAAA